CUCGUCCUCGACCCCCUGAGGGAGGACCCCCCCAACAUCUCGAAGGCGCUGAGUGCCACCUGCGUCGAGUACGAGGUCACGAUGCCCACGAAGCUGAUGGUGGCCACGGAGCAGGGCCAGGUGGUAGCCUGCAACAGGAGGGCCAGGAGCCCCCCCGACAGGAUCAGCAUGAUCUACAACGCCCACAUCGCGCCCAUCUAUGCCAUUCAGAGGAACCCAUUCUUCCUCAAGAAUUUCAUGACGGUCGGCGAUUGGACCAUCAAGCUAUGGGCCGAGGAUUUCAAAGAAUCUCCCAUCCUGUGGACCAAACCCGCGCCGUCGCAGAUGAGGAGCGGAUGUUUGGAGUGCCUCGAGAUCCUCUGUCAUGUUCACGGCUCGCCUUGACGGAGCUCUGGAUGCGUGGGAUCUUCUCACCUCCUGGAGCAAACCCGCCGCGUCUGUGCAGGU